UUAAAUUAAAUAAAGAAAAUAAUUGAACUAACAGAGAGACAAAUAGGUCACGUGUACAAUGGACAGAGAAAAUAUUAAAAAAGUGGGAGAUGUUUGUUGCGUUGUUUCUGAUGUAGGAGUGCGCUAGUGUCAGCGCCCAGGAAUGUUGGUUCAUACUCUCGAUAAAUUCUCAUCAGUACCUAAAGAGAUAUGAAUUAAAUCCUGUAAUAUUAUUCUGGGUACAGACUGCAGUUAUAUUUUAAGAGUUUUGUUUAUAAGUAUUAAAAUUAUUUGAGUAUAUAAGUUGUUUUUUGAUCCGUUAAUUAAAUGAGCAUCAGCAAGUGUUUGUGUUUGAAAACGUAAGGUAGAGGAUAACCGCAAGUGACUCGUCCGUUGAAGCGACAGAAAUAAAAAAAAUGUGGUUUUUAAUAUUUUUGUUAUUGGCACCAAUAAAUUGCCAAUUUUCACAAAAUGAAUAUGAAACAUCAUCAAAAUCACCAUGGAACAAUCGGUAUGAUGAUGUCAGUAAUACAAGGGAUCAAAACCCAGGAUUUUCAUUUCCACGAGCGAAUGAAAAUGUGAUAUUCAAAGAAGCAACUUACUUUGUUGUGGCAUCUCGCUUGUGUCGACCGGGACAAAUAUACCGAUUGGCAGUUGAUGUUCUCCAAAGUGCGCUACCGAUGACAGUUCGAGCGUCAAUUCAACGUGAUGGUGUUGAAGUGGGAUCUGAUUAUAAAGAAAUAAAAGAAGGUAUUCCAGAAAAUUUAAUGAUAAAAAUACCUCAUGAAAAAAAUAAAGCUCAAUACAAACUUCGAUUGGAGGGUCUCUAUAACGGCUUAACUGGAGGGCAAGCUUUUUUUAACGAAACCAAACUCAUAUAUUCUCAACGAACCAUGACAAUAUUUAUUCAAAUGGACAAGCCAGUUUAUAUGCAAGGUCAAACAGUACGUUUUAGAGCAGUACCAAUAAAUACUGAAUUAAAAGCUUUAAUUGAACCUGUAGAUAUUUUUAUGCAAGAUCCGCAAGGGCGUAUUAUGCGACGAUGGCUCAGUCAACAAAGUAAUCUUGGUACAGUUUCUAUGAAAUAUCAAUUGUCUGAUCAGCCGAUUUUUGGUGAUUGGCAAAUUGUUGUUAAAACUGAAGGACAAAUAGAAACUAAAAAUUUUACAGUAGAAGAAUAUUAUCAGACACGUUUUGAAGUUAACGUGACAAUGCCUGCCUUUUUCUUUGAUAGAGAUCAAUAUCUUCAUGGAGUAAUUCAAGCAAAUUAUACGUCAGGUGCACCAGUAAAGGGAAAUUUAACUAUCAAAGCUAUAGUUAUGAGAUUUUUCAAUGGUACUUACAGAUUCCAGUGGCCAAUGCAGGAAAUUUUAACACGAUCAUCUAUUAAUGAAGGAAUAGAAGUACAUAUUGUUGCAACGGUAGGUGAAAACUUUUUAAAUGAAGUUAUUGUUGGUCAUUCAACUGCUAGAAUAUUCAACUCUACUGUACGUAUACAUUUUUCUGGAGGUUCACCUCAAGUAUUUAAACCAGCUAUGCCAUACUCAUUAAAUAUUGUUGCUUCAUAUCAUGAUGGUUCAGCAUUAUCCAAGUACAAAUUGGAGCACACAUUGAUGGAAGUACGUGCGGAUGUUGAAUCUAAAAGCGGAAGUCAUAGAACUAUAGAUUUUCCAAAUCUUCACGUUUCUUCAGAUCACAACGCUGUUUGGCCAAUGAAAAUUGACUUAAGACAUCAAUUAAGAUUUGACAAUCCUAAACAGAUUCAACAAAUUCUCAAUGAUGUGAAAUCAGUCAGAAUACAUGCUUCAUUUCUUGAUGGAGAAGGAGAAAGAGCUAAUACUGAAUUACUUCUUUUGGCUCAUGACUCUCCAGAAAAUAAACAUAUUAAAUUAUCAACAUCGACACAGCAUCCAAAAGUUGGUGAAUACUUGGUACUACACGUUCAAACAAAUUACUAUAUAGAAACAUUUAAUUACAUUAUAAUGUCUAAAGGAACAAUACUUUUGACUGGUCAAGACAUUAUGGAACCAAAUAUUAGAACAUUUUCUAUUCCAUUGAGUUCAGAAAUGGCACCUAUUGUUACUGCUGUCGUUUAUCAUGUUGGUAGACACGGUCAAGUUGUUGCGGAUUCUUUAACUAUACCCGUGAACGGUAUUUCUGGUAAUAACUUUACUGUUUUCAUUAACAAUAAAAAAGCAAAGACAGGUGAAAAAGUAGAAGUAGCAAUUUAUGGUGAACCAGGUUCCUACGUUGGGCUAUCAGGAACUGAUCGUGCUUUUUAUUCAAUGCAAGCUGGCAAUGAGCUUACUUACGCAAAUGUAAUUUCUAAAAUGUCAUAUUUUGGUGAAGAUACAAAUGGCACUCAUACUCACUCGUGGGUCUUCCACAGUGGUGAUCCCGACGAGGCUGUUUUCUUUCCAUCAUCAAGCUUUGGAAUUGACGUUAAUCGAACAUUCGACUACAUUGGAUUAGUUGUAUUUACAGAUGCUAAUAUUCAUCGAAGACCUGAAAAUUGUAAUCGGACACAAGGACGUGCGGAAUGUUUAAGUGGACAAUGUUACAGGAUUGAAAAACAGUGUGACGGUUUCUUUGACUGUGAUGAUGGUACCGAUGAAGCCAGAUGUAAAACUGGUAAUUUAACAGACUUGAAUCUCUUCCGUAAGAAUCGAUUCAACAGAAUCCAGCGACAGUAUGAAAAUGUUUGGUUAUGGAAAGAUAUCAAUAUUGGUCCUCAUGGUCGUUACAUAUUUAAUAUUGAUGUGCCACGUAGACCUGUACAUUGGAUGGUAACUGCUUUCAGUAUGAGCCCAACAAAAGGUUUUGGUAUGUUACCAAAAUCAAUUGAAUACACUGGUGUAUUACCUUUCUUUAUUAAUGUUGAAAUGCCAAAUCACUGUCGUCAAGGUGAACAAGUUGGUGUAAGAGUAUCUGUAUUUAAUUACUUAUCAUAUAACAUCGAGGCGACGGUGGUUUUAGCUGAUUCACGUGAUUAUAAAUUUGUUCACGUAGAAGAAGAUGGUAUAGUUAGAUCAUACAACCCAAGAACAACAUUUGGAGAGCAUCAAUUCUUUAUUUGGAUCCCUGCUCAAGAUGCAGUAGUUGUAUAUCUUCCAAUUGUACCCGUUCGUUUAGGUGAUAUUAAAGUUAAGGUUUAUGCACUGACAAUAAUAGGCAAAGACACGGUUGAACGUACUAUUCACGUUGAGUCUGACGGAAUUCCUCAGUACCGACAUCAAUCAGUUUUAUUAGAUUUGAGUACUCGAGGUUCAGCUUUACGCUUUAUGCAUGUAAAUCUUACAGUAACACCAGAAGUUACUUAUGCAGAAGAUCGUUACUACGUAUAUGGUUCAAAUAAAGCAAAAAUAAGUGUUGUGGGUGAUGUAGUUGGUCCUGUUUUUCAUACAAUGCCAGUAAAUUCAACAAGUUUAUUAGGACUUCCCAUGGAUUGUGCUGAACAAAAUAUGUUCAGUUUUGCUGUCCACAUGUAUACAACUCUUCAUUUGAGAUACAUAAAUCAAAGAAAUUUGAAACAAGAAAGAGAAAGCUUUAGAUUCAUGAAUGUUGCAUAUCAACGACAAUUAUCAUUUAUGAAUCCUAAUGGAUCUUUUAGUUUAUUCAGAAGUGAUUGGAAUCAAUCAGCAUCUAGCGUUUGGCUUACAGCUUUCUGUGCUCGUAUUUUCCAAGAAGCAAAUUUUGCUGAGUGGGAAAAUUAUAUUUAUAUUGAUCCAAAAGUUAUUGAAGCUUCUGUUAGUUGGCUUUUAAAUUAUCAGUCACCAGAAGGAGCAUUUUAUGAAAUAACUUGGUUACCGGAUAGAAAAGUCAACACGUCAUAUAUUGAUGAAUUUGAUUACAUACGACAUAGAAAUAUUAGUCUUACUGCUCAUGUCGUGAUGACACUAGUUGCAGUAAAAGAUAUAUCAGGAGAGCUUGGUACUAGGAUUGCAUUGAGUCAAGCCAAAGCAGUAAGAUGGCUUGAAAUAAAUUUAAAUCAUGUAAAUAAACACGGGUCACCUUAUGAAAUUGCUAUUGUUGCUUAUGCUCUCUCCCUUGCUAAAUCUCCUAGUUCAGAGAUGGCAUUUAAUAUGCUAAAUCAACGGCAAAUUCAAGAAGAAGAAUUUCUGUACUGGGCUCGUCAGCGUCUUCCACCAUUACCUACUAAGUCAGAAAAUAACAGGCCUUAUGGUUUACCAAGAUUACCAUACGCCUAUGAUUCAGAAAAUAUUGAAACUUCUGCAUAUGCUCUUUUACUGUACGUUGAACGAAGUCAAGAUUAUAAGGCCGAUGGAAUAGUCAAAUGGUUAAAUUCACAACGGCUUACUGACGGUGGUUGGGCAUCAACUCAAGACACCAUGUGGGCAAUGAAGGCUCUCAUGAAGUAUACGUCUGCAUCAAGGCUUCGUGAAGUUACUGAAUUAACUGUUAAAGUCGAACCAACAGCUUUAAAAGGAGGUGUUAAGAGAUUUAAUAUUAAUAAUAAAAAUAUUGCGAAGCUACAGAGCUUUGAAGUACCUGAAGCAUGGGGAACAGUACAAUUUGAUAUCACAGGAUCUGGAUAUAUAAUUGUUCAAAUGUCAGUGCAAUACAAUGUUGAUUUGAAAAAAUUCCAAACAGAGCCACCAGUAAAAGCAUUCGAUUUGGUUGUCAGACACAAUUCUUACGGAAGAAAUCAGUCUCACAUUAAUUAUCUUAGUUGUCAAAGGUGGACUAACUUCAAUGAGUCUGAAAGAUCUGGAAUGGCUAUAUUGGAUGUAACGAUACCAACGGGUUAUAUUAUUCAACAGCAAAAUUUGGAUGCAUAUGUUCGAGCAAGAGAAGUAAGAAAUUUACAACGAGCGCGAUUUGCAGAGCAAAAGGUUUUGUUUUAUUUUGACUAUUUGGAUAACGAAGAAACUUGUGUGAAUUUCACAAUUGAGAGGUGGUAUCCUGUCGCAAAUAUGUCACGUUAUUUAGCGGUCAGAGUUUAUGAUUAUUAUGCUCCUGAACGUUUUAAUGAAACUAUAUUUGAUGCAUUGUCAACAUAUCUUUUGAACAUCUGCGAAGUUUGUGGUAGCUCACAAUGUCCAUAUUGUCCAAUUUAUAAUGCUGCCAUGACAUUGUCUACACCUGCAGUAUUUAUGAUUAUAAUUUCAGUUAUUUUCACGACUGUAAGAUAUCUUAAAACACAAGAAUUUAGUGUUGGGUAGUCUUCUAAAUUAUUGUUUUUUUUUUUUUUUUAUUUUAUUUUAUAUUAAGGAUGAGUACAA